AAGACGUCAAAAUGUAUAUGGAAAUGAAAUGAAAGUUUGGACAUAACUUGAACAAUGGGUGACGAUUUAUCAGGUGCUUCCGCAUCCGUACAAGACGAAGAUGGUUCUAUCCCUUUACCAUUAUCUGACAAUGUACAGGCAGGUUUUAUCAAGGCCAUUGACCGUGGCUCUGUCCACAAGAUAUGCUCUGGUCAAGUUGUCCUCACUCUGGCCACAGCUGUCAAGGAGUUGGUGGAGAACAGUAUUGAUGCUGGAGCUACUUCUGUGGAAAUCAAGCUGAAGGAAUAUGGAUCUGAGUUGAUUGAAGUGAUUGACAAUGGCAGUGGAGUAGAAGAGAGCAACUUUGAGGGACUCACACUGAAGCACCAUACAUCCAAGCUACAGGACUUUUCAGAUUUGAUUAAUGUUGAGACAUUUGGAUUUCGAGGAGAGGCCUUGAGUUCUUUAUGUGCUUUAAGCCAGCUGUCUGUAACGACACGUCACAAGAGUGCAUCAGUGGGGCACAAACUGGACUUUGACUAUCAUGGAAAACUCACCAGUAAAUCACCUUGUGCCAGACAAAAUGGCACCACAGUCACUCUACAGAACCUCUUCUCUACUUUACCUGUCCGCCAUAAGGAGUUUCAGAGACACCUGAAGAAGGAGUUCUCUAAGAUGAUACAGGUGUUGAACGCUUACUGCAUCAUCAGCACAGGUGUGCGGCUUUCCUGCUCAAACCAGAAUGGCAAAGGGAAAAGGAAUAUUGUGGUCUCCACCAAUGGAAACAGUUCCCUGCGGGAAAAUGUAUCUAAUAUAUUUGGACCUAAACAGCUUCAAAGCCUUUUAGAAUUCCAGCAGAUUAAACCAACGGAUGACAUUUGUGAAGAACUAGGACUGAAAAUUCCAGAACAGUUUCAUAUCAUGUACAAGGUGACAGGCUAUGUGUCCAGCUGUUGUCAUGGCCAGGGAAGGAGCAGUACUGACAGACAGUUCUACUUUAUUAACCAGCGUCCGUGUGACCCCACAAAGGUGUCCAAGCUGGUAAAUGAGGUUUAUCACAUGUAUAACAGACAUCAGUACCCAUUUGUGGCCCUUGACAUUCAACUCGAGAAAGACCAUGUUGAUGUGAAUGUGACCCCAGACAAGAGGCAGAUAUUUGUACAGGAGGAGAAGUUGUUGUUGGCCAUAAUAAAGAGCUCAUUAAUUAAGAUGUUUGAGCCGAUUCAUUCUAUAUACCAGGUAAACCCUGUCCCAGCCUCAGCUGGAACUAUGUUGACCUCGAUGUUCAGGAAGGCUGAUUCAUCUAAUGCAGAAGGUGAAAUAGAUGACAGAAGUGAAGAGGUGGAAAAAACACAACUGAACAGGAGAAAAAGUUCCAUUACAUCAACACUGGCUAAACUGAAGCGUUCAUUCUCUAGCGCCUUCUGCAAAAAUGAAGAGACAAGCAAUGUUAGCAGUACACCAAGUCCAGAGAAGCAGACGUCUAAACAGAGACGCCUGGAUGGUUUCUUGAGCGUGUCCAGAAGCCCUGGGCUAGGGAGCAGUGUGAGCAGUUCCCCUCAGUCAGACAGAAGUGGUGAUGUAGGGGACAGACUUACACCAGAUGAGUCCGGGGUUCUCGGUUCCCAGGACCUAGUCAGUGGAGAAUCUCAGGCCUCUAACACUAGUCCUGUCAUAUGUCAGGCAAAUGCUGAACUCGCUGUAGUACUGAUUGCAGAGUCAGAAGGGACUGAAUGUACUGUACCUGCAUACAGAAUCAUAAAGGAAACUGAAAGGUUGAAGAAAUCAGACAUUUCAGUAGAACAUGUGGCUGUAAAUGCUGAUGAAUUAUCAUGUGAGGAGCACAAGAUGGCACCUGUGAACAGUUUUACAUCUGCUGACGGAACACCAAGGAAGCUUCAAAACCCAUCGUUAACUGUGACGGGUCAAGUCAAGAUGGAUGAGACAUCAUCGGACAACCCAUGUCAAAGUAAAGAUGUUUUCUUUCAUAGAAGCUCCUCAAAUACUGAAGACUUACGACAAAGGGAGGUAGUGAAUAAUGACACACCAGGCUCUUCCAGAAAUUCUUCAGCGCUCAAGGGGAAAAAUGACACAGAAGAUGUAACUCGGACUUUACUGAAAUAUGAUGAUGAAGACAAGGUUCACAAAAGAGAGGUCAGAAUAGCCUUUUCCAUGCAGAUGCUUUAUGACAGAUCAUCCCAGAAGGGUAAAGGGAAGACAAAUGAGCAGUUUUGUAGGAUUUUUAGAGCCAAGAUAUCCCCAACUGAUAACCAGUCAGCUGAAGAAGAGCUUGAGAGAGAGAUUAAAAAAGAGAUGUUUGCUGAAAUGGAAAUUCUGGGACAGUUUAACCUGGGUUUCAUCAUAGCCAGGCUGAAGGAUGACCUCUUCAUCAUAGACCAGCAUGCCACAGAUGAGAAGUACAACUUUGAGAUGUUACAGAGGAAUACAGUGAUCCAGAGUCAGAGGCUCAUACAGCCUCUACCUCUGGAGCUGACGGCUAGUAAUGAGAUCAUUCUGAUGGAUAACAUAGAGAUCUUCAAGAAGAACGGAUUUGACUUCAGCGUUGAUGAAAAUGCAAACCCCACCCAGCGAAUCAAGCUAAUAUCAACACCUGUCAGUAAGAACUGGACAUUUGGAAAAGAAGAUAUAGAGGAGAUGCUCAUGCUCAGUGAAUCACCAGGUGUAUCAUGUCGCCCGUCCCGGGUGAGGCAAAUGUUUGCGUCCAGAUCCUGUAGGAAGGCUGUCAUGAUAGGCACAGCUCUAGAUAUGGCAGAGAUGAGAAAACUGGUGAACCACAUGGGAGAGAUUGAGCAGCCCUGGAACUGCCCACAUGGACGACCCACCAUGAGGCAUCUUAUCAACCUACGCAUGAUCCAGAGAUGAAAUCUUACAGCCAUCAUCGGGAGAGGAACAUUAUCGCAUUGCAUAACAAUGGAAUUAUGCACUGGAACAUUCUUCAAAUAUGUCAGUGUACAUUUAAUUGUGGGCAAGAGACUGCAGUUGAUGAUCAGAAAUAGUCAUUUUGAUAUCAUUCUGUAUAAUCGUGGAAUGACAUGGGGUACAGAGGAAAUACUUAGCCAGCAAUGAGUGCCAGUCCAAUUAUGAUGUAUAACUACAUGCUUUAUUUUGUAUACUGGAUUAUCGCCCUCUAGAAACAAACAGAAAAGUCGAUGAAAAGUGUAAAAAGGUGCCAGUUUUAGCCUGUGGCAAACAUUGAUAACGCUAAGUGGGAAAAUGUUGUGCCUUAAUUGCUGCUAAGAUGGAACAUGUGAUCAGAAGAAAAAAACUGGAUCAGAUAUCUGUAUGAAGUUGAACAAAGUUUGGGUUGGAAAUAAUCCUCUUUCCUGGGACGGUCUCAGCUUCAGAGACAAAGACUUUUCUGACGGAUAAAAAUAAUGCUGAAGUAGAAAAUUUCUUCUUGCUUUAGAAUUAUGCUAAAAGAGCAAAUGAUCUGUAAACAACCCAGACACCUUUACGCUAGGCUAGCUCCAGAAGUCAAGUAGUAUUAACAAGUGUUGUUUGUGCGGACAGAUUAACUUUUCCAGGUGGCAUGUACCUAUACCAGCAUCUUACUGAAGAAGUUCCUCUCUUCACAAUUAAAUUCUAAGGGUGAAUUUAGGGAAACAGAUACUAUUUCACAGUACAAGACAUUUAUACAUUUCCUUGAGCCAUUGCAAGGUGAACAAAACCUUCCUUGCUGUAGGAGGCUAACAUUUCACUCUUGCUAGGAGGAAUAAAACGAGCAAGGCGAACAAUCGUGGCUGUUGCCAAAAAUGAAAAUGUUAAUUGGACUUUUUUUGUGUUCUAGGAUGAACAAAGCCGUCUAGGUUUCAGAAAGGUGAUCUUAAAUCUUCUUUACAGAAUGAUUGACACCCUUACAAACAUCUUUAAUUUUCCUUCAAUGUACAAAUCCAAACUAUUAGACCCAGAAUGACAAAAGUAUUCAGGUGUCAGAUCCCAUGAGACAAAUCUCUAUUGUACAAGUGAAUCAGGUAGUUAAUAUUAGUACAAAGAGGGCCAAGUGCCGUGUGAAGUUUAACCUUAACCCACUACCAUCAGUUUUUUUACCUUUUUACAGUGGACGAAAUCAUGUUUUUAAUAAAUUAUGUGAUAUUUAAAUUAUGCAUCGUUCACCAGAUAAACAAUUAAGUUUGAUUACA